AUGGACAGUGACAUAGCGGUCCCUCAACUUGACCAGUUCGUGCUGACCGUCAGAAAUUUGGACAACUCGGCUGACAAUCGUGAACUUACCGAAUAUCUUUCCAAACAGUCGGAAACACUACAUAAAUAUAUUACUAAUUUAGAUAGUGUUCUUGAGGCACUUGAUGUUCAUGAGAACUCAAUCACAGUACUUACUGUUUUGGGUGUUAAAGCUACUGCCCAAAAACCCCCGGAUAUACCAGGAGUUCAAUAUCAUACAGCAAUAGCGACGCAAAUUAAUGACUUUGUUGUUACUAUCAGUGAAGAUGAACUCAGAGUUUUGGCUGAACCAUUGGCUAAUGUGAUGAAAUCCAUGUUGACUAACCUUGGUGAUAUGGAGAAACCUAUGUCUGCUAUUCCAAUAAUAAGACGGGCUAUAUGUAAACUGCAGGAGAAACCAUAUCAAUUAACUCAACUUCAUUGUCUUUUAUGUCAAGCCUGUUUAAUGUCCAAUAAUCUUAAGCCCGCCCUAAGUCUUUUGGAUCAGGAUAUAUAUGUAUUGGGAACUGAUGAACCUGGCGUAACAUUUGAUUCAAAAUUUUUUUUAAAUUACUACUAUUUGGGUGGUGUAAUCUACUCUGCAAUGAAGAAUUAUUCAAGAGCAAUUACAUUCUUUGAAAUUGCUCUUACAACUUUACUUCCUAUGCUGUCUCAAAUCAUGAUAGAAUCAUAUAAGAAAUUUGUUUUGGUCUCAAUUAUACAUUUAGGAACUGUACCUGCACUUCCAAAGUUAUCACCAGCCCUCAUUGAAAGAGUGCUAAAACCUGUGUGUCAAGCAUAUUUGGAUAUAAUACCAGCAUAUCAAAGUGGUGAUCCAGAGGAACUACAAAGGACAAUCAACAAAUACCAUGAUGUUUAUCUAAGAGAUAAUAAUAAAGGAUUAGUAAAACAAGUUGUAAAAGCAUUGCACAGAAAGAAUAUACAUAAAUUGACCAACACUUUUUUGAAUAUGUCAAUUUCUGAUUUAGCACAAAGAAUCAAUCUUCCUAACAUAGUAGAAGCCGAAGAACAUCUAAUGGCCAUGAUUGAAUCUGGUGAAAUUUAUGGCAAGAUCAACCGUAAAGAAGGUACAAUUAUGUUUAAUGAUCCACCCAAGAAAUAUGAAGACCCAAGUGUUCUAAAAAAAAUUUUAGAUGAAGUAACAAAUAAGAUAUCAUUUAGCCGUACAGUACGAAUGAUGGAUGAAGCUAUUUUAAUAAAUCCAUCGUUUGUUAAAAAAACUAGUAGUGAAGAUGAUGGACUUUCUUUAGGCCAAAGUUCAUCCAAAAGUUAUCAGGCAUGA